CGAGGGUUGAAAGCGGUGUAGGCAAAGGCAAAGAAGUUCUCGUUACUGUCACAAUGUCGGGAGGUAGAAAACCUCGUUCGGUUGCAAACCCUUUGGAAUCGGCGAUUUUAACUCCCAGUGAGCGAAUUUUGAAAGAAUGCCACAGUUUAUAUAUCGACAACGAAAACGGACUAGUAAAGAUAGCAAGUGGCUUGGGAGUCCGGAUUCUUCCUCCACGUAAGAAGAUCAUCGUGAUGAUUAUGGGGAAUCACUCUGCUGGAAAAAGCUCCUUUAUUAACUGGUACGUGGAAGAGCACAUCCAGAAAACAGGAGUGGCGAUCGAAACCCAGGGGUUCACCUUCAUCACAAGUGGUCGGAAGAGAGAAUCUCUGACGGGCAAUGCCACGCUCCAUCUCUACCCUCACUUCCGACCGCUCCUUGAGUUUAAAGGUGUCACUGACUACCUGUCAGCUGAGAUCUCCACCUCUAAGCAGAAGAAGUUCAGCCUGGUGACGUUUGUGGACACGCCGGGCCUGGUGGAUGGAGACAUGAUCUACCCCUUUGACGUCAACAGGGCCAUCACCUCGUUUGGCGAGCAGGCCGACCUUGUCUUUGUGUUCUUCGACCCCAUGGGCCAGGCGCUGUGCAAACGCACCCUCAACAUCGUGGAGAACCUGAGCGAGAAGUGUGGAGACAAGCUGCACUUCUACCUCAGCAAGGCAGACGAGGCGGGCAAGGAGACUGACAGACAGCGUGUGAUGAUGCAGAUCGUUCAGGAGCUUUGUCGACGACCGGGCCUCAAUAAGUGUGGUUUCGACAUGCCCACCAUAUACAUCCCCAACCCGCAGAAGCCGAGUCGCUGCGUGAACCAAAUCGAUGUCGUGUGUGAGACGAUUGAGAAGACCAUCAACCAGGCGGUCCAGAAGACCCUGAACCAGCUGGAGAAGGACUGUGACCUCAUCAGCUCCACUAUCAACAGUAAACUGGUCCAGGACAGGGCCACGGCAAGCUCCAAUCACAGCACCCGCCUCCACUCCUUCCUGUGUGGCGCUCUGGGUGUCUUCCUCCCCUUCCUCUUCAUCCUUAGUUUCCUGCUCAGCACCUUCACCCGGGACGAGCUGGACGAGCUCCUGGGGGAGGGCGCCGCCCGCACCCUCUCCUUCGUCACGGGAGUUGUCGUGUAUCUGUGGGACUGGAUUCCAGAAGAUGGACAAAUACUGUUUGUGAUCCUCUUUGGUGCUUUCUGCUACAUCCUGAUAUGGCUGGCCAAGUAUUUUGCACGCCAAAGUACUAGGACUCUCACGAAGAAGGAAAAGAGAAUCCUGUCUGAGUACACAGAUUAUGUCCAGGAUGUCGUCAAAGCCAAGAAGGGGAGACUGUAUGAAGAGUAUCUCCAGCAGUGUGCAGCUGAAUAUGACUUCUGAUGAGCAGACAGACUGAGAUGUCAUGCCGUCUUGUGUGUCGCCGUGGCGACACUCCAAAGGAUUCUCAUGCCAAGGGUGCUUGUUUGAUCAUUUUAAAAACUUAACUGGACCAUACCUGUUUUAUGUGAUUGAUUUGAAUUGAUUUUCUAAAUGAGAAGAUAUACUUAAAAUAAGCAUUAAUUCAGAGUCCGUGAAGUGCCUUAGGGGAAACUGUGAUUGUCAUUACCGAUGACAGAGGUGAAUUUGUGAUUAUUGUUGUGUAUUUUGUGAUGUGUGUAAUAUUUGGAUCUGGAAGUAUGGAGAUGUUUACAUAUAAAUUCAAGCUUUCCUAGUGACUUAUAAACAAACUUCCAUAUUUUCCAACAGUCAUUUAUAUCUUAUCAUACCGUUGUUGAGUGUACAUCCUUUAGUAUUUUACUAUUACAAAAUGAUUUCAUAUUAGAAAGCACUGCCAUAUACAUAAAAACGUUUUUUAGAAAAAGGGUUUGUUCCUUGGAUGAGAUCAGUAACCACAUCGUUGUUUUGUAGUAGUUUUUCAAGAUUUAAAUAUUGCCAGUUAUAUUCUGAGAGGCCAGUCCCAUUGGUCUCCAGAGGUCCAGCUGUCUCUGCUGGUAGAAACAUGGAUGUGUCGUCUCCACAGAGAUUGUAUUAGUGUUCAGGAAAGACAGGAUUGUCUGUUGAAUGGUUCACAGAGCCAGUAAAACUAUUGCUGCCUGUUUGUCAACUGUGAAGUUUCAUGCACUUGUGUAUUUCCUGUUGUUGUCGUCUUCUUGUGUAGCUCAGCCUUAAUUUUAAAUUCUGUGUUGUCCCCGUUACGAUGCAAUUCAUCUACCAGACAAUAUGACACGAUCAGCCCUGUCAUGCCUUCAAUGACUUCUGUAUUCUGAUCCAUUUGUUGCUCUCACGUGGUGUGUUCGGGGUACUUACUCACUAAGAAAUAUAUUUGGGAUAUUUGCAAUACUUCUUAAAAACAUUUAGUCAUGUGGAAAAAAAUAGAAGUGUACAAAGGUCUACCUGGUAUGUUUAGGAUAUGGGGGGGGGGGUGUAAUGUAAUGGUGCUGUUCCCUGCCUGUUUGUCUAUAUUUAAAUGAUCAACUAAGGUACUUGAUCUUUUUUGUUCUUUUAAAAAAAGUGUUUAAAAAAAUGUCUCAUCAAAUGUCUUCCUCCAAGUAUCUGUGAAUGUCAUAAUCGCAAUACCUCACACAUGAGGCAUUUUAUUAUUAGAAAUAUUUAAAAUGUCAUAUUAAUAAAGUGCAUAAUUGAAUCA